AUGGACACUAAAGAAGUUUUCGAGAGGAGAAAAUUUACAUUGAAGAAGAAAGCCAAUGAGCUUACUGAGUUGUGCAACUCAGAGGUUUGCUUGGUAUGUUAUGAUCCCAAUAGUAACGUGGAAGUGUGGCCAGAGGAUCCAGCAAAGGCUCAUUCCAUUAUCACAAAGUACUAUUCUAGACUGGAGUCUUGCAAUGAUAAGAAGAGAAAGGCUAGUGAAGUCAAUCUAUCUCAUGUGUUGGAGAAGAAGAUGAAGAAACUUGAAGAGCAAAUCUUGGAGGUUAAGAUUCAGGCAUUGGAUGAGAUACUUGACAUAGUCAAGGGGAAAGAGCAACUGCUUUUGCAAACCCAAACCCAACUCCAGAAUGAUCAGUUUGAAGUUGAAGAAGAGCAUUAUCAUACUCUUCCACCACUGCCGCCUCAGAAAUGUGUACCACUCUUGUCUGAAGAUCCUUAUAAUGCCAUGGAGUUGUUAAGUACUGAAAACCAGUUACUAGUUUCUGACAACCAAAGUCAGUUUGAUGGUCAGAGUCAAGAGUUUUAUUAUGAUCAAGAAUAUCAUAAUCUAAAACCUUUUGACCAGCUUUACGGAAUCAACAAUGACUUGAAAGAUUCUUAUAUGGCUAAAAACCAAAGUCAGUUUAAUUGUCAAACUCAAGAGUUCCAUGAUCAAGAAUAUCAUGCUUCACCUCCCUUUGAACAACUUUAUGGAAUCAAUGAUGACUCGGGACAUUCUUCCUUGGAUGAAUACAUAGGUUAUUUUGAUGGUCAAACUCAAGAGCUUUAUGAUCAAGAACAUCAUGUUUUACAACAUCCUUCUGAUCAAUUUUAUGGAAUCAGCAAUGACUCGGAAUAUUCUUCUGUCAUUUAUUCAGAUAAUGCACAUCAACAGUUGAUUAAUACUAAUGAAGGAAGAAUUGACCCAGCAAUGUUGCAUUCCCUUGCUGCUACUGGAUAUUAUACACUAGAUGAUCAGUUUCACAGUCAGAUGUUCAUAGAGCCUACAGAAGCUUUGGAAAUCAACUUUCCCUAA